CAUUUGGUUUACAAUCUUUGACCGACGGCUCCGAUCUCUCUCCCUCUUGGUUGCAACUGCUGUUUCAAGCUUCUCAAAGAUGAAGGUUGUCGCUGCGUAUUUGUUGGCCGUACUGGGUGGCAACACCAGCCCCGGAGCUGAUGAUGUGAAGAACAUUCUUAAUUCAGUUGGGGUUGAGGUCGAUGAGGACAGGAUUGAGUCGCUAUUAUCCCAAGUGAAAGGAAAGGAUAUCACGGAGCUGAUAGCUUCGGGACGGGAGAAGUUGGCAUCAGUGCCAUCUGGCGGCGGUGCAGUUGCCGUCGCUGCCCCUGCCGGUGGUGCAGCUGGUGGUGGUGCAGCACCAGCCGCCGCCGAGGAGAAGAAAGAGGAGAAGGUCGAGGAGAAAGAAGAUUCCGACGAUGAUCUGGGUUUCAGCCUCUUCGACUGAGCAACUCAUUUAAGUAUCGUCAUCAGUUAGUUUUUUUAGUUCAAUUUCGUUCAAGUUUCCGGCUGUGGUAGCUUGGUAGGUGUUUUUCUUUUUGACUUUCUUGGAACUCAAAAUUUUGAUAGAUGAAAUUGCAAUUUUCAAUUUCAACAUUUUCAGUGAUUAAUUUAAGUCGCCGUGAUCUAUGAUUCCCAAUGUUUCU